AAAUUUUAAACGCAUGUUAAGUUUUCGUUUAACAGAAACAUAUGUUUUUGUUUUCAUAUGAUUAAGAAAAUACCUUGCAAACGAAAAAACUUCUUUUGCAAUGGACGAAAAAGAUAAUCCCUUUGACAUGGAUAGCUCCAGCUUUGACGCUGAUCGCUAUUUGGAGAAACUGCUGAAAGAUUGCUCACUCAAGCAAAUCAUGGACACAGAGGCCGCCGUCGUCAAAGACACCCAAACGCUGCAUUCGGACAUGCAGACGCUUGUCUACGAGAAUUACAACAAAUUUAUUUCGGCCACGGACACGAUACGCAAAAUGAAAGAUGACUUUAAGCAGAUGGAAACGGAUGUGAACCUGCUAAUGAAUAAGAUGCAAUCGAUUACCACAUUCAGCGAACAAAUUACGGGCACUCUGCAAGGCACGCGCUCGCAGCUCUGUCGCCUCUCCGAGAAGCAUUCGCUGCUCAAGCGCUUGCAGUUCCUCUCAACAUUGCCAGCCAAGCUGAAGGCGCUGAUAGAGGAACAGAACUAUGCACAGGCCGUGCAGGACUACCUGCACGCCCAGAAGGUGUUCGCCCAGUAUGGCAGGCAGCCCUCGUUCGAUGGCAUAAAACGCGAUUGCGAUGCCAUAAUGGAAGAGCUGAAGGAGCGACUGCGUCAGGACUUUCAGAGUGCUGGCAAUACGGCGCAAUCACUAACGGAAAUCGGUGAGCUGCUGCUGCAGCUGGACGAGAAGACCUCCGAUCUGGCCAGCGAGAUGUUGAGAUGCGCUGGCAAGCGGCUGCACGAACAGAUUGUCAUGCUGCAGGAUCAAACGGAACGGGAUAUGCUGGAAUUUGUCGACAUGGGCAUCGAUGGCUUUCUCAACGACUUGGCCUUGGUGGUCACCUCCUAUUUUGACAUGUUUGUGGCCAAGCACUACGAGCACGAACGCGACGACUUCCAGGAGAAUGCCCUGAAUGCGCUCAACAUCUUUCUGAAUGAGAACGUCGACAAGUAUUUGACAUUGGUUCAGGAUCGCGUCGAAUCGGACAUUGGCUAUGGCGACACGCAAGUGAUGCUGCGCGCUCUGGAUCGACUGCAUCGCCGGCUGCAGGCCAUGCGCAACAUCUGCCGUGGUUUGCAGGUGCAAAGGAAUACGCUGGACAUCAUCAUCGGAGCGGCUCACCAGCUCUGCGAUGCACAUAGCAAAAGCCUAAAGGAUCACUUUGCAGAUAGUCUGAGUGCGGUGCGUUUGUCCUUGGUCUCGGCCAAGAGCGACGUAAAUCUUAGCGAGCUCAUUGGCAAUCUCUAUGUGGCCAUGGUCGAGAAGAUCAAGGGCGUGCUGCAGGAUUUGAUGAUCUUUCUGCGCAGCGAUUGGUCUUUCAAUAUCAAAGCGGAAAAUAAGGGCGCGCUGUGCGUGGAAGGGAUUAGGGAGCAUCUACUGAUUGGCUUCUUGCGUCACAUCUCGAAGGUGAUGUCCGGCUUUGCGGACGUCUCCAGCUCGAGCCCGCCCAAUUUGCUGCUGGUGCUGUCCAAGACGUGUCUCGAGCUCGAACAGCAAGGCGUGCACAUGCUGAUUGCUCUGGUCGAUGAUCUGUACGAGAUCGAUUCGGAGAACAGCGCCACAUUGACGCAUGAAACGGAGAUUUGUGCUGAGAUGCGGGAGACGGCACAAGCCCUAUUGGACUCAUAUGUGCGUUUGCAGGGCACAAAUAUCUCGCAAAUGCUGCGCAAGAGCGUGGAGACACGGGACUGGCUCAACUGCCUGGAGCCGCGUUCGGUGCGUGCCGUAAUGAAGCGCGUCGUCGAGGAACUGGGCAGCAUAGAGACCGUGCUGGCCAGCCUAUACGAAAGCGCUGGCAAUGCGGGCUUUCGCACCACGGCGAGCAGCGAUUCGAGUCGCAAAACGUACUUUAGCAACUUCAAUGCAUCGAAGCCGCAAUAUCGUUCCAAUUGGUCGAAUUAUACACCCUCGCAGCUGGAGUCCAGCUAUGUGUCCAAUAUACAUCGUUUGUUCUCUGAGCGCGUCGACAUCUUCACCUCCGUGGAGUUCAGCAAGGCUUCCAUUGUUAUGGGCAUCAUUAAGAUUGGUCUCAAGACGCUGCUGGAGUGCGUGCGCCUGCGCACCUUUAGCAAGUUUGGCUUGCAGCAAAUACAGGUGGAUGCGCACUAUUUGCAAAUGAAUCUCUGGCGUUUCGUCAGCGAUGAGAACUUGGUUAACUUUUUGCUAGACGAAAUCCUUGGCUCGGCAGUGCAUCGUUGCUUGGAGUCGGUGCUGAUGGAACCGAAUGCCGUGGAGAUCAUUUGCGAGCGUGGUUAGUACACUGCAACAAAUUCCGAGCACACAAAUCUCAAUGCAACAACAUUCCCGGCUUUGUCUAUUUCUUUUCUGUUACUCGCUGCUAGCCUAAGGAUAUAACUUACACAUAUUUAAAAAAAUAAACUAAAUUAUCAUUAUAUAU